AUGCUCAACCUCCAAAACCUCCCCCUCGAGAUCCGACUCCUCAUAUACGAACACACCCUCAUCGACAUCCCCCGAUGGAACAAGCAUCACAACCCCCGCUGCAAACACCACCCCCCACCAGGCGAUCUCGAACGCCCGCCGUUCCUAAGUAUCUACAUGACCAUCUGCCCCGAAAACAAAACCAUACAAACAUCCCCAUUCUGCAGCUGCGCCAAACGCACCGGCCUAUCCCUCCUCCAAACCACAAGAUCCAUCAACGCAGAAGCCUCACCCGUAUUCUGGUCCAAAAACACUUUCUGUCUGCUCGAUGGACGAGAUCUCACCGUGGCAGUGGGGCACAUCCUCCGACGGGAAACUGCCCAGCGCAUCAAACGGAUCAGUAUCAUGAAUCCAGACCGGAGGGGCUUCACGGAGCAUAUCAGGGGCGGAUUGAGAGUUCGUGGGGCUCGGCGAGCAGAGUUUUGGGAUGCCGUUUUACAAUGUACGCGGUUGGAGAGUCUUGAGAUUCCGCUUUCUUAUAUUAAGGGUAAGGGCAUGGGGAGGAUAGUGCGUGAACUUGUGGAAAAGGUAGUUGGGCUGAGGGGCUUGGAAUUGACGAGACUUGUGCCGUAUUGUUGGAAGGAUACUGUGUGUGGGUAUCCGUUCCCGAGUUCUAACUUUAUGAGUUUUCCGGCGGUGUAUGUCCGGUGUUCACGGCGGAUGUUACUAGGAGAUUAUGUGGGUGAUGAGGCUAUUGCCAGUACUUGUCGGGAGAUUGAGUCGAAUUUCUACGUGCAUGUUGAUUCGGUUGUGAAGACGCAAUAUCUGGGGGCCGAAGAACAUCGCAUGGAAGCGUGGAGGGACAUGAUUAAGUUGGCUCCUGGUCUUCAUUCCCACGAAAAUACCCGCACUAUUAAGCUCCCAGCAGGGGAAACGACACUGAUCACAUUUUACGGGUUACCAGUGCAAUAG